CAGUCUUCUCGCUCGAAGCACUCUCUGUCGUCGGAGAAGAAAGUAUGUUUGGGGACUAUGCUGGGAAAGCCACCCGAGUCAAACACAUCGGACAGUAAGACUGACAAACUCAAGGAACGCAUUUAGUAGAUGCAACCCAAAAGCUAAAUUCUUGUAAUGAGCCUCUUCAAACUCUGACGUACCUAUCUACGUGUAUCUGUCAUUGUAUCCUGGAACCGAAGCUGCUAAGUUUGCUAGCCAGGUCAGGUGAGCCUUAGGUUGAUCAUUCAUGUGAUAGCUAGUAAUUUGCUAACCCAAAUAUAUGUUUUUCAUAUAUUCAAGUGUUGUCCAUCGUCUUGAUACAUCUGUUGCGUUGGCUAAUCUUGUUCAAAGUCUAACGAGAUAUAGAUGUGCCAUAAGAGAUUGUUCGCUAGUAACAGCUAAAAGCGGAGGUUAGCUGCCAAGUGGUAGUUUGUGGAAAGCUAGCUUAGGUUACCUAACGUUAGCGAUACAUUUGCCAAUCGUGGUUUGCUGACGCUGCCCAUCUCAUAACACUAUUUUGUGAAGCCAAUUUCCUGAAUUUAGAGAUCUGUGCCGUCCCUAGCAAAUCUUUUAGUAUACAAGUUUUACGUUCACUCAUUUCAUUGUGUGAAACUUUCAGCGAUGGUUAGCCUCGAAUUAACCUAGUUAAUAGUUGGCUAGUUAGCUAGCUAGCUUGCUAGCUUAAUAUUAGUUAUCCAGCUGUCUGGCCCACGCAGCUGACUGUCUGACGGAACGUGUUGACAAGUUUUUCCACGCAGUUGGCUAACAUUGUCAGACGAACUUGUUUGGAACUCCAAGGAUCUGAACUCUGUAAGACUGUGAGGAUUUGGACAUUCUUUCCCCCCUCCACACGCUUUAAGUUGCAAUGCCACUGAUGUUUUUGGAGAGAUUGCCAUGGCCCAGUUUGCAAACCUACAUAGCGCUCAGCGCGGUCCUGUUGACAGGAAGCAUCUACAGCGCUUACAGCACCCUGACAGAUUUUAGGCUGAAGUCGUCAUCUUUGGAUGAAGCCCCCCUCGGCUCUGCUGACACACCCCUGCACACUGAAGAUGUGGACAGUGAAGUUGUGUUGUCCACAGUCCUGUGGUACCUUGUUAAUGACAGUGUUUAUGUGUGGGUGCUUGUCAACACCGCUUGUUGCACUCUUAUGGUCAUUGCCAAAAUGAUCCAAUGGAUGAUUUUUGGAGCUCUCAGAGUCAGUGAAAAGCAGCACUUGAAAGACAAGUUUUGGAACUUCAUCUUUUACAAGUUCAUCUUCAUUUUUGGAGUCCUGAACGUGCAGACGGUGGAAGAGGUGGUCAUGUGGUGCCUCUGGUUCGCUGCUCUCAUCUUCCUCCACCUCAUGGUUCAGUUAUGCAAGGACCGCUUUGAAUAUCUCUCCUUCUCCCCGACCACCCCCCUGGGCAGUCACAUGCGGGUGAUGUCCCUGCUGGCGGGUCUCCUCCUCUCCUGCUGUGGCCUGGGAGUGCUGUGUGGCCUGUGGGCGCCGGCCCAUGGCAUGCACACGCUGUCCUUCAUGGCUGCUGAGUGUAUGUUGGUGACAGUGCGCACUGGCCAUGUCAUUAUGCGCUACUCCAUUCACCUGUGGGAUCUGAACCACGAGGGCACCUGGGAGGGCAAAGGCAGCCACAUCUACUACACUGACUUUGUCAUGGAGAUGGUCAUGCUGUCCUUGGACCUCAUGCAUCACAUCCACAUGUUGCUCUUUGGGAACAUCUGGUUGUCCAUGGCCAGCCUGGUGAUCUUCAUGCAGCUGCGCUACUUGUUCCACGAGGUGCAGCGUCGCCUGCGUCGCCACAAGAACUACCUCCGCGUCAUCGACAACAUGGAGGCCAGAUUCGCAGUGGCCACUGCAGAGGAGUUAGCAGCCAACAACGAUGACUGUGCUAUCUGCUGGGAUACCAUGCACACUGCACGCAAGCUGCCCUGUGGACACCUCUUCCACAACUCCUGUUUGCGCUCCUGGCUGGAGCAGGACACCUCGUGCCCGACCUGCCGGCUGCCCCUGAACAUCAGCGGCGAGGGGGGCCAUGCCCGGGAUGCCCCGCAGAGGGGGGCCCUGGAGGGCAACCUGGCCCCUGGGGGCCCUGCUGCAGACGCCAGACCCCACAUCAACCAGCACAAUCACUUUUUCCACUUUGAUGGAUCUCGCAUUGCCAGUUGGCUGCCCAGCUUCUCAGUGGAAGUCAUGCACACCACCAACAUGCUGAGUAUUGCACAGGCCAACAACUCUCAGCUCAAUGCUAUGGCCCAUCAGAUCCAGGAGAUGUUCCCCCAGGUGCCUUACAACCUCCUGCUCCAGGACCUGCAACUCACACGCUCGGUGGAGGUCACCACCGACAACAUCCUGGAGGGACGCAUCCAGGUGCCCUUCCCUACUCAGACAGUGGAGCGGGUGCCUCUCCAGAUGGGCGCGCCCCCUGAGGAUCUGGCGGCGGGGAGCAGCUCCUCGGGCGGGGACACCGCGUCCACGGAGCCAGAGAGCCUGGAGGUGCGGGGCAGCCGCUUCUCCAAGUCGGCUGAGGAGCGCCAGAAGAUGCUUCUGCAGAGGAAGGAAGAACUACUCCAGCAAGCACGCAGGAGGUUCAUAAAUAGAAGCCCGGGAGAGGAGGAGGAGUACGAAGACGAGGAUGAGGAUGAAGAUCUGCCAUCUCUGGAGGAGGCUGAGCCCAGCUCAAACCCAGCACUGAGGAAGAGACACACUUUAGCAGCAGCCGCCGAGCGCCGCAUGAACAGGCAGCCAUACCCUGCGGAGUGAGCCAGGACACUGAGGACCCUUGAGCAACAACACACACACACACACACACACACACACACACACACACACACACACACACACACACACACACACACACACACACACACAGAGAUACACUCACCAAUAAACACAACAGAACCAGUUCAAGCAGCCUGUGCUCUCUCUCACUCACAGCCUUCUCUUAAAACAGUAGUUGAAAGUACCUACAGAGAACCAGACGAGACAAAGCGGAGAACUGCUACCUCUAGGGUUGCCUUAGCCAGAUCUGAUUGGUCGGGUCUUCCUACUCCAGAUCACUACUAGAAGCUUUCUUGAAGAGCGUUGGCAUGGCAUUGAAGCUUUCAGUGUUGCAAAAGGACAAUAGACGAUGCCCGGUGGUAGCAUGCAAGUUUAAGAUGGCUGCUGCAUGGUUUGUGUUCAGACAUUGUGUGUUGCAGAGUCACAACAAGCACCAGAGUUGGUUGCUAUUAUUUUUUUCUCUUAUUUUUGUUGGAUCCGAGGAAUGGAAGGUUAACGUUUAUAGCUGUGGUUUAACCUGGGAUGUCAGUGUUUUUCAUGUACUGGAUACUCUCACUUUCUCGCUCUGUCUCUGUCUCUCCCUCUUUCUCUCUCUCUCUCUCUCUCCCCCUCUCCCCCCCAUCUCUCAAUCUCUCUCUAUCUUUUCCUUGUAUUGCUCUUGAGCCAGAAUGUACCACCGGAGUGUUCUCAUUGAAUCCAUCAGUUGAACGGAGACAAACUGUACUACAUAGAUAGACUUUGCUCCCACAUGAUCCAUAUCACUACUGCUUAAGGUCACAUAUCAGACAUCCAUAUCAUUGUCUUCCUGAUGAGAGACACUGUCAGUUUGUGUUUUUUUUUUUUUUUUUUUUUCCAGCAUAAUUUUUGAUUACAGCAUGGAACUUUUGUCUAUAUGUGUUACUAACCCUUGACCCCAUUUUAUUUUUCUAAUGUAGGUGGAUGGCAACAGAGCCGCUUCUUAUUCUACUCAAUGCAUCUUACAAUCUGCCCACCUUUUUUUUUAAGUUUGCCUUUCAUUAGUAUCAAAGACUGCUGAGGACAUUUUUACCUUGAAAUGAUCAAUAUUUUAAGAAUGUAUGGGUUACUUUCUUACAGUCUUAAAGGGACACAUAUCCCCUGUUGCACAUGGUGUUUAAACAAAAGCAGAAAAAGUUGUGAUAAAGCAUUGACACAGAUAAGAAGUUGAUUUUCUUUUUUGUUUUGUUUUUUGUUUUUGUUUGUUAACCAUGAGCAAUCUGGGUCUCCUUAACUCGGCCCAGUCUGUAUGGGGGCUCAUAUAGAGGUUACAUAAAAUGUUCUGUUUGCAUUUCUUUGCCUACUUGAGUGAGGUGGGCUAAUAUCUCCCAUUAACAGUAACCUUUUCCAUUUAGCUAACGAGAGACCUGAGAGGUGCUGUUGCAGUGCCUGGCCAUAAAGCUACCAUUGUUAUUUCAUAUCUGUCGUGUAACACUCCAGUGAAGGUAUUACAUUUGAUUUUCUUUGUCCCUUGAACAUCAGCAGAGAAGAAACGAACAUACCCGGUCUUGUCAUCACGUGAGAUGUGCAAUGAGAGAUUUUAUUUUAUUUUAGGUUGCUGGACAUUCAGCUGUUUGUCCUAUGCAAAAAAAAAAAUUGUCAAGUAUAUUAUUUUAUUUCCGAGGUCUAUUUUUUCGAUAUUUUUCCCCAACAUUGUAGAUGAUGGUUUGAAAUGUUUUCUCAAUGAGAGAUUGGCUGUAGGGCCUACUGAUAGAGCUUUAUUAUUAAAUUAUUGUGCCUAAAUUGGA